GCGCUCUGGUGCAGGCUCAACCAGGUGAUUUUAAUUGAGGAAAUUAGAAGCUCGCGCCUGGUUUAGUGUUUCAAAUAGGCGCAUUAGUCAUUUGAUUGGGAUACAACGGGAAGAGCGGUCGGCAGAGGCGCAAAUUCAUUCACUGUGAGGAACUGGGACUUUUUUUUCUUUUGAUCAUGACGGGCUAUCGGUUUCUCACCUGUUACAUCUGAUCCUACUACAUCAACUGAUCAGAAUAAAUAUUCUUCUGAGUGAAAUCCCAAGUCUGGUCCUUAUCAAGUGUGGGCACCUCACAGUUAAAAGACACUUGACAGUGAAAAAUCGCUUGCAAAGCGAAGACUCCACAAAAGCCUGCUACAAAAGGGGAAGAUUCCACCUGGGGGACUGGAGGAAAGCCAACUAUCUGCCGUCCACCCGUCCAGCUACCUGUUCGUGUAACAGCCAGAAAAGCAAGUCACUCGAAGAGCUGAAAAUGGAGCGAACAACAGUGAAGAGACUUCUUUCUCGACUUACCAACCAUAUAAUGAGGACCCACAUGGAGAUGUCUGUGGAGGAGCUACAAGGGAGUUUCAAAAGACUCACAGCAGAGGGCUCCAAAGUGAUGGAUGUAAAUGAGGAGAUUGAGGCUGCAUACAUUGCAUAGUGCGAGGAGACUGAUGCGAAGGGCGCACCUGAGUUAAGCGACCAGCAGAGAGCCGACCUCGAGAAGACCGUGAACGAGUGUGAGCAGAAGUUAAAAGAGGUAAAGCAUCUAAUCCAAGAGACACUAUGGGCCUCAUUUGGUGAGAGGGAACUGACCCUCGCUCUAGAAACUGCAGAGGCAGAGUGCGAGAAUGCCUCUUUCAUUCAGCCUGAUACACCCCUGGAGGCAUAUGACUUUAUGCUCCAUCAUGUAGAGAAACUGGUGCAUAAAGCCAAAGAAGCGCACCAGACCUGGAACCGUUGGGCUCCACUAGCCGAGAAGCAAGACUUAAAUCAUCGCCUAACGAAGCUAGAAACCCUGCUUCCCAAGCUGGUGUCAGGAAAGGCCACCCUGAUUAAAGCAGCAAGAAUUAAAGAAGACAGCAACAGAGUACCUGUCACAGCCCAUAGCACAGCCCCUGUCACUGCCAUAAAGCUCAAAGCCACAGCUUUACCAAAGUUUACCGGCAGCCAACGUGAAUAUUACAAAUGGAGGAAAGAAUGGGAGGCUCUGCAGAAGCAAGGUGAACCAACUGGGUCCAUGGAGGUGAAGAAAUACCAACUGCUUGAUAGUCUCGAUGAAAGAGUGGCCAAAGAUCUAUGCCUGUCUAUUUACACCUCAGCAGAUGAGAUCUUCAGAGUACUGGAAACCCGUUAUGGGAACCAAGCUACUAUCACCAUUGAGGUUGUCGAGGAGCUAUACGCUAUCCCACCUGUCCGUGGUAACCAGCUGAGAAGAAUCGUAGAGCUCAUCCAAGCUGUUGGAAAAGCCCUCUAUGAUUUAAAUAAAUUGAACAAUGCAGAUGCCAUAAAAAAAACCCACUAGUAAUAAAAUCUAUCGAGAGCAAAUUGCCAGAGUCCCUGAAAAAAGACUGGCUUACCCACGCUGCUGACCUGAACAAUGCUGUAAACCACCAGAACCGCUUUGACAAGUUACUUGCAUAUCUUCAAUCCCAAGAGUCCAUCUAUGAGCAGUUAGAGCAGUUGAGAGACAUCGACCCUGCCAAGGAGAAGACCCGGUUUCAAACAAAGUAUGCCAGAACAAAGACAACCAACUCCAGCAGUGGAGUUGCAACAGCUCGGAGCUUGCAAGAGGUGCCUCGAAGUCCAUGACAAACCCUGCAAAAAUACUACUUACCUGUGUGGGAAUCCAGAGUGCAGAGACCAACACCACUACCUUCUCUGUCCCUUGCCAAGACAGCUGUCCCAAAGACCCAAGUUCGGUCCAGUGAGAGCUGAGGGGAGAAGAUGCACCGAGGCCCAAGAAGAGUUCCUCUCUAAACUUCCACCUGAGCUCGCGCAGCAGGGUCGUAAUGCCUUUUGCAACAUCGCAUCCCGAGCAUACAACUCCACUGCAGCAAAGAGGAGAUUGGUUUGCCUUCUGGAGGAGAUUGGUUUGCAUGAGUUCCCCGUGAUCCUGAUGCUCCUUGAUGUCACCGCCAAUGACGGGCAAAGAAUCGGGACAUUAAUUGAUCUGGCAUCUGACACGAAUUAUAUAACUCAUAAAGCUGCAAGCAAGCUGAACCUUCGCAGUGAAGAUGUCACACUGGUCGUCCAUGGCAUCGGAGGGAUGAAGGUGUCUGUUGAAACCAAGCGGUACCUCCUCAAGAUCUGUAUCAGCACUUUAAGAGGGACCCUCAAGUCUCACCAACUGAUCUGCUAUGGACUUGACAGAAUUGCAGAAGUGCACAGGCAUGUUCCACCUAAUAAGCUGCUAAUAAGAUCUUCCCUGAUAUCCCCCUCAAAGACCUCAUUAGACCUAAGUAGAUCCAGCUUCUGAUCAGCCACAAAGAAGGCCAGCUGGUGCCCCAAAAAGUCCGCUCUAUUGGCGACCUGGUGCUCUGGGAUGGUCCACUCGGGAAGACAAUCGGGGGCACGCAUCCAGAUCUCUUCGAAGAAGUCAUCCUGAUGACCCACACAUCCAAGACUCAUUUCGCGAGAUCUAUGAGAACCGCAUCAGUCAAGUAUCGAGAGUUUGCAAUAGACCCAGCUCCCUGCCAUUAUCCAGAUCACUCCGAAACUCAGUCUAGCACAGCCAUCAGCAGCAGAGACUUUCUGAAGUGGUGGAGGUGGGAAAGUAUUGAAGCCACCUGCCAACCAAGAUGUGGAGGUUGUCGCUGCAGGAACUGCCAGCCAGGAGCUAAAGAAAUGACGCUUGCAGAGGAGAGGGAGAUGGAGCUCGUGAGAAAUGGCUUGACAUAUACAACUGGAGAUGAUCACAGCACUGAACCACACUGGCACGCUAAGUAUCCGUGGACAGAAGAUCCUGUAACUCUACCAAAAAACAAGAAAGCAGUAGAAGCAACAUUCCUCAGAACUGAGAGGCAGCUGUCUAAAGAACCUGAGUGGAAGAAGGCCUAUACUGCGCAAAUCCAUGAGAUGGUGAAUAACAGGGCUGCAAUAAAGCUGUCCGAAGAGGUCCUGCAGAAUUGGACUGGACCAGUGUGGUACAUAUGCCAUCUCAUCGCGCCAAAUCCACACUCAGUCUCCACCCCAGUCAGACUAGUGUGGAACAGCAGCCAAAAGUACAAAGGUCUCAGUCUAAACGAUAUCCUCAUCAAAGGUCCUGAUGUCCUGAACCCGAUCAGAGCUGUCCUGCUGAGGUUCCAAACUGGUGUCUAUGCUGCCCUUGGUGAAAUCCGCAAAAUGUAUAACUCCGUCUGGCUGGAAGAUCAAGAGGUCCACUUGCAUAGGUUUCUGUGGCAUAACAGUGAAGAUAGUAAAAUAGAGGAUUAUGCCAUCACAAGAGUUAACAUCGGAGACAAACCUGCCGGUUGCAUAGCCCAAGUCGCCAUGCGAGAGACUUCAAACUUGCCUUCAUUCAGUUACUUCAAAAAAGAGAAGCGUGCUGGAAGAUGCCUACGUCGAUGACAUUCUGACUUCACACAACGACCUUGACCAUCUGAAAUGCCUCACAGGCAACAUCAAGCACAUCCUGAAAGCUGGAGGAUUCUACAUGAAGCCCUGGGUCUACUCUUUUCAAAGUGAGAGGAGAGAGCCAAAGAGUGAAAUGCCCAGAACAGAGCCAAAGACUAUGAUCCUGCCAAACCAGCUGAUGGAAGAUAAAAACAAAGCCCUUGGCCUUGGUUACACCGUCGAUGAUGACAAGCUUCAUGUCAUGGUUGCAGUUAACUUUUCAAAGAAAAGGAGGAAGAUGCGCCUUGGUCAAAAUCUGCUGAGAGAAGAAGUUCGAAAUCAAACUCCAGAUCCACUCACUAGAAGAGAGCUUCUAAGCCAAGUUUCUGGCCUGUACAACCCACUCGGCCUUGUGACUCCUGUCAAGCAAAAGGGUGCCAUUCUGGUUAGGAGAGCUUUCCAAGAAGCAAAGUAAGGUACUGCUUAGAAGACACGUGGGAUGCUGCCUUGUCUGAAGGUCUCAGAGAAGACGCCAUAAAGCUAUUAGAAGAAUAUUGCUGACAUCAGCCAACUUCGCUUCUCCAGAUCUCUGACUCCGCCAGAUCUCUGCGCAAAGCCCAGUGCCAUCACGUUCUCCGAUGGCAGCGAAAACGCAUACGGCGCUGUGAUGUAUCUUCGCUGGAGCUGCAGCCAUGGUGUUGUUGUGAGACUGGUCGAAUCCAAAGCCAAGUUGACCCCUCUCGACCACAGAGGCGAUCCUGUGAAAGCUGUGCGGAGCC